CUUUUUGCAAUAUGAUGAAAGUGUUCUUACUCGGUUUGGCUCUCCUGCGGGUGGAUUCUCUGAUGUACCCGGCGGUCAUCUCCCCCCAAGACCCCACCCUCCUCAUCGGCUCCUCGCUCACCGCCUCCUGCUCGGUCGGUGCCGAUUCGAGCCUGAGAGCCGAGGAUCUUUACUGGACUCUAAAUGGCCGGCGGCUCCCGGCGGAGGCCUAUGAGGUCCUGAGUGCCACCGCUCUGAGCGUGACCAUCCCCAAUCUGAAUGGAUCGCAGCAGCAGUCCGGGGAUAACUUGGUCUGCCACAGCAAGGACGGAGGCAUCUUGGCCGGGUCGUGUCUCUAUGUCGGAUUGCCCCCGGAGAAGCCCACCAACAUCUCGUGCUGGUCGAAGAAUUUGAAGGAUCUGACGUGCAAGUGGGCACCGGGAACGGAAGGCGAGACCUACUUGCACACCAAUUACACCCUCAAGUACAAGCUCAGGUGGUACGGACGGGAUAACACCUGUCAGCAGUAUCACACGGCCGGACAGUAUUCCUGCCACAUCCCCAAAGACCUGGCUCUCUUCACACCGUACGAAAUCUGGGUCGAAGCCUCCAACCGACUCGGGGUGGCCGUGUCUGAAGUGGUCAUGCUGGACAUCGUCGAUGUUGUGACAACCGACCCCCACUCCAACGUCCACGUGAGCCGCGUCGGAGACUUGGAGGACCAACUCAGCGUCCGAUGGAGCGCCCCACCAGCCCUCAAAGACUUCCUCUUCCAAGCCAAAUAUCAGAUCCAGUAUCGAGUGGAGGACAGUUCGGAGUGGAAGCAGGUGGUGGACAACGUGGGCAACCAGACCUCAUGCCGACUGGCAGGGCUGAGACCGGGCACUGUCUAUUUUGUCCAAGUCCGUUGUAAUCCAUUCGGUAUCUAUGGCUCCAAGAAGGCCGGAAUUUGGAGUGACUGGAGCAACCCGACAGCGGCCUCCACGCCUCGGAACGGACGCGCCGCGGGUGUCUGUGAGCCGAAGAACGGGGAGCACAAUAACACGCUGCGCCGGGAACUCAAGCAGUUCUUCGGCUGGAUGCGCAAGCACGGCAGUUCGUACGGCUGUGCCAACCUGAGCAUCAAGAUGUACGACCAGUGGCGCGUCUCUCUGCAGAAGUCGCACAAAACGCGGAACCAGGUAGGUCCUAUCCGGCGAUAAAUCGUAGCAGAGUUUGAAGCAGCAACGUGCCCAGCCGACAAGGACUGUUCAGCAGUUGCAGGGGCCGGUUCUCCUUCCUGGCGGGACAGGGAGUCGCAAAGGGCUUGUCCUGUCGCAAGCAGCUGGCGGAGGAAUAGGGUUGUUUGUGUGCCCGCUGGCUCCGACAACAAACGAAGCACUGACCUUCUCUCCUGGCACCGUCACGGCCUGCUUCCUCCCCCUGUCAAGUGGCAAGGGGUGGCACCCCUAUCCUUCUCCCUCCCUCCCAAUAAAUCUUUGUCCAUCAACGUUUCUCCUCCACCAGCACUUAGGAGAACGUUAAUAUCUCCCAACUUUUCCCGUCUUUGCCUUCUUGGUAUCUGCCACUAGAGGGCGCAUUUGCUAUGAGGGCUGAUCCUCCCUCCACCAGCCCUCCAAAGUACGUUCAGCGUCCCGGCCAGUGAAGUUCCGGAGGUUUUGAGGCCCGAAGUGUGGGUCAGGCGGGAGGGAGGCAGCUAAGUUAUCUCCUGACAUUUCAA